GCAUCCUGGGCAGGAUGCGGCCGCCGGACCCCGUGACGAGGCCCAUCCUGUUGGGUCCAUCCAUAGGAACGAGCUCGGAACCCACCGGGAAGAGAGAAAGGGGACCCGGGACAUCGAGCAGAGAGGCAGGAUUGGAGCCGGGCUAUGGGGCUGCUGUUGGCUGGGGGGGCUCGGGCAGAUCCAGACCUGCCCUGGGCAGGGUGUUCCCGGUGCGGUGAAGCAAGAGGAGGGCUGGCCGGCAUCCAUGGCCGAGUGCACGGAGCUGGAAUGGGCCGUCCAGGUCCUGGUGAACAACUUUGACAAGUACUCGAGCCGCCGCUGCUGCUGCAAGAAGCCGCGGCGCAUCAGCAAGAAGGACUUCCGCAAGAUGCUGAGCUGCGAGCUCAACCACAUGCUCACGGACACUGGGAAUCGCCGGGCGGCCGAUAAACUCAUCUGCGACCUGGAUGAGAACAAGGACGGGCGCAUCAGCUUCGAGGAGUACUGGACCUUGAUAGGCGGCAUCGCCAGCCCCAUCGCCCAGAUCAUCCGCCAGCAGGAGCAGAGCGUCAAGCACACCAAGUAGCGGCUCCAGCCGAGCCUCCGGCAUCACCUCCCGCUCCUCCAUAGCUCCCUGCUUCUCCCCCCAAUCCCAUUGCUAAGCCCUGCCCCGAGCCCCAGCUCGCCCCGGGGCACCCUGGUCUCCCAGAGCCACGCCAGGGUGUGAUGGGGUGGGAAGACCCUAAGGGUGGGAGUUGGGGGGGUGCGAGGCCAUGGCAGCCUCCGGGGGCCCUGGGCCGUGCUAUCCCUGCCUUCAUCCUCACC